GGGAUAAUGAGGGAAAGAGAAAGAAAGAAUCUCGUCGGCUUUGAGCUGUGAUUUAGCUGUUUUGAUGUUAUUUCACUUUCCCCAAAAUCCCUAGAAAAAACCCUCCCUCUCUCCUCUCUCUCUCCUCAAGCUCAACGCGCACACCUUCUCUCUUCCUCCUCUUCUCAUCCUCCUGUUCUCUCUCUCUCUCUGCAUUUGUGAAGCAGGAAAGACAAAAAUCAGGAAAAGGAAAAAGGAGAAGAAGAUCAUCAAAUGCUCAAUGUGGUGAGAUGAAGGAGAAGAGCUACCUCCAUCUUCGUCAUCUGCCUCUGGAUUUUCUCCCCUUCUUCUCUACUUUUCUUGCUCUUUCUUCGCUUGUUCAGUCUAGCUCUUCCGAGAGAGUAGUCAUUUCUAGCAAUGGCGGCCUCACGGACGCCGAAGCUAGGUACAUUCAACAGAGGCAGCUCUUGUACUACAGGGACGAGUUCUGUGACAGGGGAGAGCAUGUGAGAGUUGAUCCUUCCCUCGUCUUCGAAAACCCUAGACAAAAGAACGCCUAUAUUGCGUUGCAAGCUUGGAAACAAGCUAUCAUCUCCGAUCCGUUGAAUCUGACUAGUAACUGGGUCGGAUCUAAUGUCUGUAACUAUACUGGCGUUUUCUGCACUAGUGCGCUCGAUGAUCCGUCCAUCAAGACCGUCGCCGGCAUUGAUCUCAAUCAUGGCGAUAUCGCCGGUUACCUGCCGGAGGAGCUAGGGUUGCUUACCGACAUUGCAUUGUUCCACAUCAACUCCAACCGAUUCUGCGGCACCGUGCCUCACAAGUUCGUGAACCUCAAGUUGUUGUUCGAGUUGGAUCUCAGUAAUAAUCGGUUCGCCGGGAAGUUCCCGGAGGUUGUUCUCCGGUUGCCUAAGCUGAAGUAUCUGGACAUUCGUUUUAAUGAGUUCGAAGGUAAGGUUCCUAGAGAACUCUUUGAUAAGGAUCUUGAUGCCAUUUUCAUAAACCACAAUAGGUUUGCCUUCGAUCUGCCGGAUAAUUUGGGGAACUCGCCUGUUUCGGUGAUUGUUCUGGCGAACAAUAAGUUCCACGGAUGUGUUCCCGCCAGCUUGGGUAACAUGUCCAAGACGCUCAACGAAAUCAUUUUGAUGAAGAACGGGUUCCGGUCCUGCGUGCCGACGGAGAUCGGGUUGUUGAAGGAACUAACCGUGUUGGAUUUGAGUUUCAACCAGCUAAUGGGGCCAUUGCCUGAUACUAUUGGAGGGAUGCUGAGCUUGGAACAGCUGAAUGUGGCUCACAACAUGCUCUCGGGAACGAUACCAGCGAAGAUCUGUUCGCUUCCCAACUUGAAGAACUUCACUUAUUCGUAUAAUUACUUCACAGGCGAGCCGCCAGUGUGCUUGAGUCUUCCGGACUUCGAUGAUCAGAAGAAUUGUUUACCGGAGAGGCCAGCACAGAGGUCAGCGUCGCAAUGUAAGUCGUUCUUGUCUCGCCCUGUGCAUUGUAGUGCUUUCAGAUGUACACCUUUUGUUCCAUCUCUGCCAGCUCCACCUCCACCUUCACCUCCCAUCCCGGUGCCCUCUCCUCCUAUUGUUAUAUCAUCACCUCCACCACCGGUAUACUCGCCUCCAGUUUACUCACCACCCCCUCCAGUUUACUCACCACCACCACCACCACCAGUUUACUCGCCUCCACCACCCCCUCCGGUUUACUCACCACCACCGGUUUAUUCGCCUCCACCACCCCCUCCAGUUUACUCACCACCACCACCAGUUUAUUCACCUCCGCCACCCCCUCCAGUUUACUCGCCACCACCACCAGUUUAUUCGCCUCCCCCACCGCCACCNCCAUCCCCGCCACCUCCAAUUUAUUGUGUUAGAACUCCACCUCCACCUAAUUCACCGCCACCGCCCACGUAUUCCCCACCACCACCGGUUUAUAAUUCACCUCCACCGCCGCAUCACUCACCACCUCCACCGCAUCAUUCACCACCUCCGCCGCAUCAUUCACCACCUCCGCCGCAUCAUUCACCGCCUCCACCACACUAUGCUUCACCACCACCACCCCCCGUCUAUUCUCCACCACCACCACCCGGUUCACCACUACCACCACCACCUCCAUGUAUAGAACCACCUCCACCGCCAUCACCACCCCCAUGCAUAGAACCGCCUCCGGAGUACUCCCCUCCAUCAAUUCCUUACCUUCCUCCCCCAUCACCAUCACCACCACCCCCGCCAGUUUAUAAUUCUCCGCCCCCGCCUUCACCACCACCACCUUCUCCAGUUUAUUAUGCAUCCCCACCUCCACCUUCACCUUCACCUCCUGUUCACUACGAGUCUCCCCCUCCUCCCCCACCGGUUUAUCAUUCUCCACCACCUUCGUCACCACCUCCGGUUCCUUGUGAAAACCCUCCUUCACCACCACCACCACCACCGCCGCCACCUCCAGUUGCAUGUGAAAAUCCUCCGUCACUUCCUCCAUCACCACCUGUUUAUGAGAGCCCACCACCGGUAUAUGAGGGCCCAAUGCCGCCAAUUUUUGGGGUAUCAUACGCAUCUCCGCCGCCGCCUCCUUUCUAUUGAUUCUUUUGAGCAUUUUCCUCCUUCCCCUCAUGUAGACAAAAAAGAAACAUUUCGAACUUUUCAUUUAUCUUAGCUACCGUUGCGUCUUCUUCCUCUUCUUUUACUUCUUUUCUGUCAAUUCUUGUAAUUUCUCUCUGGACGAUCCUCGUUAUCGGAGGAAGAACAACGAACAAAGAACAGAAACAGAAAAUUGGGUGCAGUGUUCCAUGGGUUGCAGCAAUGGGCGCGUUCUUGAUUGGGGGAAUUCGUUUGUAACAAAGAAGAGACAGAGAAGAGAGCAGAAGAGCAGAGGAGAAAGUCUCCAUAUUUAUUUGAAUUGUUAUGGAUAAUUUGAGUUGUGAAUAAAUUGUUAGAGAUAAGAGAAAAGAGUAGGUUGCAGGGAAAGGUAAUGUAUAGGGAUGAGAUUUCAUGAAAAAGAAGUAAUGGAUGAAUGGUGAUUAUAAUUAUAAGCAGCAGGUCUGAGAGCCGGUUGCAUCUCUGCUACCUGCGCCUGCUUGCUGCUGCUUUGUGGGUUUAUUGUUAUUAGUGUCUCUCUUUCAUCACACUUGGCUUCUUUUUCUUUUUCCAUUGUUAUAGUAUGAUCAGGAACAUUUACUUGAUAUAUUAUUUGAUUUUCAGAUCAUUCUUUCUUCUUAA